CAUUUCCCUAAAAUGAGGCUAAAUACCUAGGCCGUAAAUAAUCCGAAUCAUGUAAAGUACCAGUUGCUUCGCAUUUUCUUUCCAUCUAGAGGACAGAAGUGACGAUAAACUGAGAAAAUGGGUCGGCAUUUCACUAACAUAAAAGGCAGUGGUACUGGCUUUGUGGAGUACAACCUGUCUCCAUUCGAACAGAGAGCUUUUGGAGGAAUGUUGAAACAUGGAAUUGGAAAUGCAGCUGCAAGAUUUGGGCGAAAAUUGCACCUCAUUAUCCCAUUUUAUGCAUACUACAAGUGGCAAGAGUAUUGCUUCUGGGCAGUGGAACAAGGUCACAGAAAGAAGAACCUUCCAGAAUACGAGGAAUAUUUUGCCAGUCUGAAGGAACAGGAGCAGAAGUAGAGACCUUAAUACUGUGUUAUUUAUAUAUUUGUUUCUGAUACAUGCACACUUUUUCAAUAAAUGAAAUUUUAUGUACA